CGGUAUAGACGUGUCUGUCGUGCAUGAGGCUGCAUGCGCAAAAGCAAAAAAGCAGGCGGCACAUCGUCGAGCUCCACGCUGGACUGUUUCUCACCUGAGUGACUUGUCUCUCCCUCUUCUCACCACGACAUCAACAAACAAAGCGUGGACUGGUUUUAGCGCACCGGGUGAUACGAUUUGAUCGUUUUUUUUUCUUUUCUUUUUAACCGUCCGAGCGUCUGCCGUCACUUCAGGACAGGGGGAAUAUUGAACGCACCGCGAAAUAACUGUCCUACGUCUUUUUUUUGAAUUGCUUAGGAAUUGCUUUUUUUCUUCUUCUUUUUUUCUGCACUUGACUGAGUUGACAUUGGUGCCGGGAUGGAUUCCUUCAUCGUGGCGGCUCUGGUGCUGUGCUCGCUCACGGCCACAGCCUGCGGGGACAAAGGCUCCGGCAAAGCCAGGAGUUGUACGGAUAUAAGGCACUUUUAUAGCGGCAAAGGAUUCUCCCUGGACGGCGUUCCUCAAUCCGAAAUAUCCGGAGAGCACCUGCGCAUCUGUCCCCAGGGUUACACCUGCUGCACCAGCGACAUGGAGGAAAACCUAGCCAUGCUGAGCCGAGGAGAGAUGGAGGGAGUUCUCAAAGACGCGGGACGCUCCUUGCAGGUGUCCCUCGGAGGACAGUAUAAGGCCUUCAAUAGCUAUUUUCUGGAGUUGCUGAACAGCUCAGCCAUUACACUACAAGAGACGUUCUUGUCCACCUGGAAGUCUUUCUUCUCCCAGAAUACCCGUGUGUUCACUGAGCUCUACACAGAUUUGAGGCACUACUACCGAGGCUCCAACGUCAACCUGGAAGAAGCUCUCAAUGAAUUCUGGGCAAGGCUUCUAGAGAGACUGUUCUUCCAUGCAAACAAGCAGUAUUCGAUUGGGGAUGAGUACCUGGAGUGUGUUUCUAAACAGCUGGAGACACUUCACCCCUUCGGAGAGGUGCCCCGUGACGUCAAGACGAAGGUCACACGAACAUUUGUGGCCGCUCGUUCCUUUGUUCAAGGACUGGUCGUCAGUGGGGAAGUGAUUCGAAAAGUGUCCCAGGUGCCAUUGAGCCAGGAGUGCAUCCGAGCCAUUAUGAGGAUGACCUACUGUCCCCACUGCCGAGGUAUGGCCUCCGCCAGACCUUGCGUCAACUACUGCAGCAACGUCUUGAAGGGAUGUCUGGCCAACCAGGCUGACCUCAACACCGAGUGGCGGCACUUGGCAGAAACUAUGAUGCAAGUGUCUGACCGCUUCGAUGGCCCAUCUGGUUUGGAUGUUGUGGUCCUCUCUCUUCCCUACCGCAUUUCAGAAGCUAUGAUGACCAUGGUAGAAAAUAUGGAGGCAACCAACAACAAGUUGCUCCUGGCUUGUGGCCCGCUCCGAGAAAAAUCAGUCGGCGGUACAGAAGUGGACGUCUUCCCGAAGAACGAAAAGGUUACAGUUGAGGAGAGGUCAUCGAGCAGUGCGAAUAAACUUGGCCGACUGGUGUCUGAUGUAACCAUGAGGCUGAGGGACAUGCAACCAUAUUGGAUUUCUCUCCCGAAAAUGCUGUGCAGCGACAGAGUGGCCACCGGUGCAGGCGCUGAAGAUAGGUGCUGGAACGGAAUGACCCGCGCCAGGUAUCUCCCCGAGGUCAUUGGCGAUGGCCUGGCGAGCCAGAUCAACAACCCCGAAGUGGAAAUCGACAUUACCAAGCCGGAUAUGGCAAUAAGGCAGCAGAUAAUGCAGCUGAAGAUCAUGACGCACCGCCUGAAGAAUGCUCUCAACGGAAACGACGUGGACUUCCAGGACACCAGCGAUGAUUCCAGCGGUUCUGGAAGCGGCACCAUUUGCACCGACGAAGUGUGUUCCCGGGGCCCUCGUCUCCUGGCCCCCGUCACCGAGCGACCCGUGUACCCCUACCCUCCCGAAAACAAGAAGGUGGUGAAAGACUCAGUCAGUCAGAACCUCCCCUGCGUCGUCACUUGUCUCCUGUCACUGCUCGUUUUGCUGCUGCGGCUGCGAUAAUUGCCAGCGAGGAGAGUGGCCAGCUGGGACUGAGGUCGGGACUGGGUUUGGGCUUCGUGAGGGUUCUAAAUGGUGGGGGAGGAGUCGAAAGGUUUGGGUGGUAGUUACUCUGCCAAAACUUCACUUCAUAUAAAGAACUUGGACGGACUUUCUUUUGGGUUCGGAUGAGAAGAAAAAUGGAAUUACAAGUAUUCAAAAAUGCGCUCUUGUCUUUCAUCUCUCGCUAUAAUAUGACACUGUUAGAGCUGAUCGUGUUAUGUUUUAAUGUUUCUGGUGUUUGGGAUAAUUGGAGAUCCAAUGUGUACCUAUACGACAUGUGUAACACUAACACUUCAUAGGGAGAGGAAGACGCUCUCUUUAAUUCAUUUCUUAGUCCUCCUUUAAUGGCACUUAGUAAUUUGAUGGUAUUAUUUAUUUGUUGAUAACCGACCACAGACGCCAGAGUGGUUUAAUCACUCCUUAAUGUUUCUAUAGAAGUUAAAUUUUGAUCAUUUUUUUAGGCAAACUAACCUGGAUGGCACAACCAAUAGAUUUAUCAAGCCUCGAAAUCAGCACUUUUUGGACCAUGUCAGAGGUACAAAUAGUUAUGAUUCAUACUGGAGUGAUUAUUCCAAGCGGGAGAAACCGGAUCUCGCCCAUGGUCCCAACCAUCCCUACAUAAAAACCCCCACCCUUGAGUCAGGUUUCAAAUGACAGUCCGUCCCUCCCCCUGUCCUCACAGGCUUUACAGGUCAGAAUUUUGGCUAUCAGAACAGAAGCAGGCGCCAUGUGGUCAGGUUGCCGCAGGGCAGAACUACAAAGUGCAGCCGCGCAAACACCCAUCGUUACUGUAAUUUCACCUUUUAAAUUGCACAAAUGUCAUACGGCCGUUUGCCUCGGUGUGUCGUUCAAUAUCGACGGCAGCCACAAAACAGGAUGGUCGCAAUGUUAUUUAUUUGAGUGAAAAAUUGCCAAUUCGCUUUUUAUUCAAUGGGAAAUCGUCUUAUUCGCCGGUCAUCUAAAGCCUCCACCAUUCUCCCUCAUUCCUCAAUUCACAUGAAAUCCAUCUUUUGUUCUUUUUUGUGGUGUCAGGGCAACACCAAUCAAGCACGCCAUUGUGUCAAAACUUACUGGGAGCACACUCGGAGGUUAGUUAAGAUUCUCUUAAGAAAUAUAACCCGUGUUGUUCUGUAAACACCUCGUAAAAAUGUGGACGGAGUGGGGGGAGCUUAAAAAUGUUUCGGAAAAAAUCAAAAGGGGAUGAUUUUUACCCCAAUACAGUGUUCCCCCGCUAUUCAAUGGCGGUGCUUGGUCCCUCUCCCUCACAAAUAAUGGAAGCUCCCACAACGAGUUAGUAAAAUGCCGCCAAAGCACUACCUUUGUCUAAAUGAAGCUCCUCCACUCAUUUCAACAUAGUUCCUUGGCAGCAAGAUGCGUUCUUGAAGUUUUUCAGCAAAUAACAGAUCCUAGGUUUCCCACACAAAAUAUGCAAAAUAGGCGAACUCGCAAAUGCUGAAGUGCAAAUAUGCAGGGGUUCACUGUAUUCUAAUAGAUGGACUAAUGGUAUGUGAUGCUGAAAUAUGGUGGACACAAGAUGGAGGAUGCUUUUAUUUUUUUAAGUGCACCAUUGCCUCAGCAGCACACUGAGACAAUCCACUAUAACUAGACAUGAAACAAAAAAAAAAUUUUUAAUUAACUCUUUGUCGUAACAAUGUUUAGAAUGAGAUAAGCAGCACCGUCCUGUGUCAAAUGUGCCAACUUUUCACUGCCAUUGCCAAACAUCUUGCUGUUGUCACUGACUCUUACAAUUUACAAGGACGAAAUCGGACAUAUUGGCAAUUUAUUCAUCAGACAAACGUUACAUACGUCCAUAGCAUAUGGAAGAAGCACACGAGGCCACAACAGGCGGGCACCUCCUGACCGCAAACUGUUGAGAUGGCAAGUCAUCCAACGUGGUCAUGUUGAGGUCAGAACAUCGUCUCGUCGGUCGUCUCUCGCGGUUCACUUUUCGCGAACUUUUAAAUCGUACAUCCUCUGUGUAAUUUCAUAUCACAGAUAUUUCGCUGUAUCGCGAGAUUUUCCGGUGAUCAUACUCCAACUACUAUGGCCACAACUGACGCCCGAAUGCAUUCUACACGCAGACUGGCUAACAGGUUAGCCAGUUAGCAGCCAAAUGCUAUCCUGAGCCAACAGCAGCCAACUCUGCAAUCUCAUUCACUGACUCCCAAAUCACUCAACAGGCCAGGUCCCGCCUUUUAUAGCCACACACAUUCAAAGUCACAGAUACUACAGUGGAGAACAUGAUGUUGGUGACCCAAGUGGAUAAAAAUAAUACCUGCAUCUCACGUGUAUUUUCUGUUGGUUAAAUUUGCAAAUGCCAUCAAGAAGUAUUAUAACAAAGAUAAAAUAACCAAAAAGCAACCUUUUUGUUUUCUGUUUAUAUGAAAAGAACAAAAAAAAAUGCACCUGUGUCUAUGAUACUCCACAUCUAUGUUAAGACGUUGGGAGUUCUGUCAAAAGUUUAAUAAGCACAUUUUUUAAUUGUAGCUCUGAAAAUGGGAUGUUGUCAUGUGUGUUUGUGUAGCACGGAUGUGUGUGUGUGUUCGCAUCUUUCAAUGACUUCUGCCUUCGACUGCCUUUGUCACUUUGUCCGGUGGUGGGGUCAAGUUUGACAUUAAAAAUCUUUGUGAAUAAGAUAGCUUUUCAAAACCAAACCAAAACAAACAGAAAGAAAAAAAUACCACUGGGGAUUGAUUUUCGCAGCCCUCGAGAUGAAUCCGAAUGUGAAAUUACACAUUUGUCCUUAUAAUGAAUGAGAAGGGACUCCAGCUGUGAUGGUGACAUUCCAAUUCAAAUACCACUUCCAUCUUUAUACUUGCUGCUUCACAAUGUGAGCGCUCAAACACUUCAUCUGCUUCUUUCGGCCUUUGCCUCCAUUUCGCUUUUGGUUCUACUCAAAGCCACCACCACCCGCGUGAGUGUAUGCAAAUGAGCAAAUGAGCAUGGCCUAGUGAGACGUCUAUAUGGUGAAAACACAAAACGAGAGCAAGGUUUGAGUUUAAACGCUAAUCUUUAAUCGCGAGCAAUGCCUCAUCCUUCAUUUAGGUGGACAUGGUUUAGAAUUACCUUAAUGCUCCACUGAGUUCAAUUUCUUGUUUUUAUUUACCUUUUGGUUCUGUUGUUAUGGGAAAUCUGCGGCAAGGAGGAGUGACGGAAAGAGGUUGAAAAAGAACAAUGCAGAUGUCUUGUUUGCUGUUGUAUCAAAAUCUUCAAAAUUGUCAACUAUAAACACAAGAUUUUCAAUUA